GCCAAGGAAGAAGCCGCGAACGGCGGCGGAUCGCCCCCCCCUCCCGGAUCCGGAUCGCCGGGGAACCGAGCCGGGCCAAAGCCCCCCUCCCCCCCCCCACCUCUCCAAAGCGCAGGAUCAUCCGGGGCAGCCCCAGCUCAGGAGGGAGUCGGGGCCCAGCCAGCCCCCCCCCGCCUUCCCUUUGCGGAUCCAGCCCCGAGACCUGCUUUUGUUUGUGGAUUUCUCCGAUGGAGCCUGCAGGGGACCGGCCUGGUGGGGCCCCUUGAGAGCCCCCCCGCCCCCGCUCCGAGCAGGGCGCACGGAGCCCUCUGGAUCCAUCCGGCAUCCCCGGGGGGGGCGGGGGAGAGAAAGAAAAAUCCAGGAUGGCACCUCCCAUAGGCUGAGCGAGCCCCGCUGCUCCCCGAAAAGGCAGUGGCGGCGGAGGCCUGCAUGCCCGGCGGGAGGCGGGAUGAAUUCCUGAGGAGAGAGCCCGGGCCGGGAGGAAGCGAGGGCCAGUACCAUGGAAAAACUCCUCCUGCCCCUUUUGAUGCUUGGCACCAUGGCGAAGGGUCAGCACUGCCCCGGCCGCUGCAUCUGCCAGAACAUCUCGCCCACCCUGACCAUGCUGUGCGCCAAGACGGGGCUGCUCUUCGUGCCGCCAUCCAUCGACCGGCGCACGGUGGAGCUGCGGCUGACGGACAACUUCAUCACCGUCAUCCGGCGCAAGGACUUCUCCAACAUGACCAACCUGGUGCACCUGACGCUCUCCCGGAACACCAUCAGCCAGGUCAUGCCCUAUGCCUUCGCCGACCUGCGCGCCCUGCGCGCCCUGCAUAUGAACAGCAACCGGCUGGCCUCCCUCCGCAACGAACACUUCAAAGGCCUGGGCAACCUCCGGCACCUCAUCCUGGGCAACAACCAGAUCAGCAACAUCCAGCCGGCCUCCUUCGACGAGUUCCUGGCCACCGUGGAGGACCUGGAUUUGUCCUACAACAACCUGGAGACGCUGCCCUGGGAGGCCGUCGGGCAGAUGGUCAGUCUGAACACCCUGACCCUAGAUCACAACCUCAUCGACCACAUCGCCGAGGGCACCUUCUCCCAGCUCCACAAGCUGGUGCGUUUGGACAUGACCUCCAACCGGCUGCAGAAGCUGCCCCCGGACAACCUCUUCCUCCGGGCUCAGGUGCUGGCUAACGUCCGGGGCUCCCACCCGUCCACCUUGACCAUCAGCUUCGGAGGCAACCCCUUGCAUUGCAACUGCGAGCUGCUCUGGCUCCGGCGCCUGACGCGGGAGGACGACCUGGAGACCUGCGCCUCUCCCGAGCACCUGAUGGAUAAGUACUUCUGGUCCAUCUCCGAGGAGGAGUUCAUCUGCGAGCCGCCCCUCAUCACACGCCAGUACUCCACCAAGGCCUUCAUCGUGGAGGGCCAGGGAGUCAGCCUCAAGUGCAAGGCGGUGGGAGACCCCGACCCCUCCAUCCACUGGAUCGCACCCGACGGCAAGCUGAUCCACAACACCACGCGCGCCACGGUCUACGACAACGGCACGCUGGAGGUGCACAUCACCACGCUCAAGGACAACGGGGUCUUCACCUGCAUCGCCUCCAACGCCGCCGGCGAGGCCACGGCCCCCGUGGAGGUCUGCAUCGUGCCGCUGCCGCUGCUGGUUAACAACACGGGCCACAUGAAGGAGCCCGACCCCGGCUCGUCCGACAUCACCACCUCCGCCAAGUCGGGCGCCAACGACACCAAGAACCACCUGGAGAAGAAGAUUGUGGCGGCCGAGCUGACCUCCACCUCGGUGGUGAUCCACUGGCCCUCAGAGCGGCACAUUCCCGGCAUCCGCAUGUACCAGAUUCAGUAUAACAGCUCCCUGGACGACUCGCUGGUGUACAGGAUGAUCCCCCCGUCCAGCAGGGCCUUCCUGGUGAACGACCUGGCGGCGGGGCGGGCCUACGACCUGUGCGUGCUGGCCGUCUACGACGACGGGGUGACGGCGCUGACAGCCACCCGGGUGGUGGGCUGCGUCCAGUUCACCACGGAGGGGGAGACCGCCCAGUGCCACGCCCUGCACACCCAGUUCCUGGGCGGCACCAUGAUCAUCAUCAUCGGCGGGAUCAUCGUCGCCUCCGUCCUGGUCUUCAUCAUCAUCCUCAUGAUCCGCUACAAGGUGCACAGUGGGCACGAGGGGCCCAAGAAAGCCAAGGUCAGCAACGUCUACUCCCAGACCAACGGCGGGCAGCCCCCGGCCGCCAAGCCCGCCGAGGACAAGUACGAGACCUUCCAGGAGGCGGGGCCUACGGAGGCGGGGCCUACGGAGGCGGAGCCCAAGAAGGACACACCCGCCACCCCCGAACCGGACAAGAGAGACCCCAAGCCGGGUGCCGACCUCCAGACUGUGGCCCUGCUGUCCUCAGAGGAGGGCCCGCCCCAGGGCAGCGUGACCGGCUCCUUGGGUCUCCUCCGGGAGAGCGGGCCGGGCGGCCAGCACCGGGCCAUGCUGGGCAGCGUGGGCCUCUUUCCCCGGGAGCUUUCGAGGACUCACCACCACCGUCACUCCUUCGACGGGGACUAUGCUCUGUUCCAGAGCCACAGCUACCCGCGCCGGGCACGGACAAAAAGGCACAUGUCCACGUCCCAGCUGAACGCGGAGGACUGCCCGCUGAGCCAGCGCCGGGUUACCUUCAGCAGCACCGAGUGGAUGCUGGAGAGCACCGUCUGAGACGGGCCCCGGGGGGGCGGGCUGCGGGGGGGGCGAUUUCGUCGGGCCCCGCGGGGCGCACGACCGGCUCCCCCGGGGGCGUGGAGGGGACGGCUCCGGUUUCACCCACCCGCCCCAGACGGGGGUCCUGCGCCGAUCCCGCCGACGCCGGCUCUGGUGCCUUAAGGAGUGGAGACGGAGGACAGAAAUGACAAACACCACCCGACGGACGGCGCGAAGGCAAGCAUUGGGGCCAGGAGGGGACUGCCCGGCUGCAGGGAGAGGAAAGGGCGUGGGGGGGCUACGGGGUGAGUUUCGAGACCCCCCCACUCCACCCCGUCUGCGCUGGGCGGCGCGGGAAGGACAGAGCAGGACUAGCAAAGACACAUGCACAGAUGACACGAAAUUACAAAGAUCCUUUUACCUUGAGUAAAUCUUUAUGCAUUAAUAACUGUCCGGGACGGGGGACGGAGCAGAGUUUAGUUCCAAAAUCAACCUAUUUCCCCCUGCCCCACCCCCAAGUGUUUCUGGGAAGGGGACGACAGGCGCCCGCUCCCCGACACAGACUGCGGGGGGGCCUAUUUAUUGUAUCUGGCUGGUCUAGAUCAUUUUCUGUGUUCAGUGUAUUCAGUAUUGAAAAAGUCAUCGCCCCUUUUCCCUGUUAUUCCAAACUGUGCCCCACUCUAGCAAACUCCCCCUGCACCCCGGGCCCUCCCCCCUUCCU